CUAGACGUGUAAACGCUGUGUUUCCACAAAUUAAUUAAAUUCCUGCUUUGAUUUAUUGACGAAUCGGACAGUAUACGGUCGAAGUUUUUUCUUAGUGAAACUGAUACCAGUUGUAUUAGGUUUAUUAUACGUGCAUGAUGAUAGUGAGAUUGUGUCCGCGUAGAUGUUUGUCAUAGCAAAUCGGUCGUGCUGUGACUAAUAAAUUGCGAAAGGUGAAGGUGAAGGGUGCUCUGGGUGCCUAACGAAAGUGUCUCGUUGUUAUCAGUGAAAGAAACAACCCGUUUAGAUGAUUUUGCGGAAUAAUGGUGUCUAUUUUAAAAAAUCAAUUGCUUAAGCAUCUUUCAAGAUAUACCAAAAAUUUGUCACCCGACAAAGUGAAUUUGAGCACAUUUCGAGGCGAAGGAGAACUUUCCAACUUGCAGCUGGACGAGAAUGUACUAACCGAGUUGUUGGAACUGCCGUCCUGGUUGCGUCUUACGUCUGCAUGGUGCAAUCAUGUGUCGUUUCGAAUAUCGUGGACCAAGCUGAAAAGUACACCGAUCACACUGACGCUUGACGAAGUGAAAAUAACGGUCGAAACAUGCGAAAUAGCCCGCAGCGGAACGCAAACGGCGGGGAUUUCAAGUCUUGCCGUUCCGCAGGGGAAGUACAGCUUUAUUCACAAGGUCGUCGAUGGCAUAACAGUGUUGGUGAAUACGGUAAACGUGAACCUGAUAAGUCCGGCGUUUACAGCUUCGGUUCAAAUUUCCAAAAUAAGAGUCGAAUCACGCACACCCAAGUGGCUACUCGGUGAUCUACGGGUAACUAGAAUAAAGGAUCCCGUCCGUGGACUGAUACUGAUAUUUAAAGAGCUAUCGUGGCAAACGAUCCGUAUCGAAGCUAGUUCAACGCAAGACAAAAGUCUAACUCCAUUGCGGCUGCUCACAAAUCAGGCACGUUGUAGAAUAACAAUCAAAAAGAAGCUAUCCGACUGUAGCAUACUAGCUAGUAGAUUGGUUUUAAUAUUAGACGAUUUGUUGUGGGUGUUGACUGACUCACAACUGAAAGCGGUUUUGCAUUUUGUUGACUCACUUUCGGGGCUGAUAAAGGCGUCCACUAACGUGGUCCAAAGGGUAAAAGCGCAGAGAAAGCUAGAAACACUUCCGGAAUAUCAAGCCCAGCUAGCUCAAUCGUCCAAGGCACCAGAUGCGCAGCAGCUAAAUGCAGUCCAGCGGUUUUUCAACAUCUACGAUGUAAGGGAAACUUCGUACCAUUUCUUCAGUCAACGAAUUGAUUUGCAUCUUUGCGAUGACGCUGGAGUUGGCCGUUCCAGCUAUCCUAGUUUAAAAGACGGUGGAGCGCUGCAAAUUUCUUUGCAAGGGUUUCAAAUUGAUUAUUAUCCAUAUCAUUUAGCGAAAGCAGAUCGCUCGCAUUGGCCAAAAUACAAAGAAGCAAGUGUUCCUCCGGCCUUGUGGCUAGAACAAUCUUUAAAUGCCUUCCGUGAAGCUAUAUUGAAUCUAAGUCAACCGAAUAGACCACCAACACAUCCGAGUUUAGAGAGGACCACUAACCUUGGCCAGCAACAGUCACAUCUGCCAAGAAAUCAGGCUACGAGUGGAGCACAAAGUAGUAUUAACUCACCGAACAUCUCCCAGUCAGCUGCCGCAUCACCAAUGAGGAAACAUGUCCUAGAUAAUAUAUCCAAGCUGAUGUGCGUAUGUGUGAUAAUAAAGAUUGAGGAAUUCACCUUGUAUCGAGUGACGACUUCGGGCAAUAAACAAAUGCCAAAGGAGUUCAUUACCGGCGAUCGGGAUCGAUAUAAGUUACCUCCGGAAAUGCCUUCGCUCCAUGCUGAGUUCACCUAUUUCUACUACCCCGGCGAUUUCGUGUUUCCAUUGCCUCCAUCCAAAGCGUUUGUCCAUAUCAAUCCGGUACAGAUUAGUUUCGAUCUCGACAGCUGUUUGUGGUUUAGUUCUUUUGUGCUUAAUUUGCACGAGAGUUUGCUUAGAACAACAAAUGUGGCUAGCAGUUUGAAUUCUCCAUCCACACCAUCGUCCGGGAGUCAUUCGGAACCGCAACCCAAUCUGAUGUAUAUGGACGUGAAGGUUGAGGUCAUAAUGCCUAGGAUCGUGUUCGAAGCCAGUGCGAACGCACCGCAACAGCGAGAUCGGCCGAGAACGAUGGUUGCACAAGUUACGCGAUUAACUCUGACUAACAUUCGCGAGAUGGGGUCUUCUCGAGCCGAUUUAGCUCAGGCUGUUUCAUCCCUACAAGAAGGCAGUCUGGUGUUUGGUUCCGGUUUUCCCUCUAUGCCGGGAGAUUUGUGCAUUGUGACAGACAGAAUAUUGUCACAUAUAGCAGCAAAGGAUGUUAUCGCUCCUGACCCGAUGAUGCAAGGGACGCAGUCUGCGUUUAGCCACUUGACACGUUAUGCAAUGUGGUCUGAGCCACGUGAUGUAUGGUGCAUUAAGUUGGAUCCUGUUUGGGUCGAUUUUUAUGGAGCAAGAUCUGUGGGAGCGAAUCGGGCGAUCCCAUUUGUUGAUGCUGUUCCGGUGACGAUUUGGUUGCAUGGUCGAUCGGAUUUCGAUUUAUUCGCUGAAGAGUUUGAUAGCGAGCAAUGGCAAUAUAGCGGUGUCAAUGAGACCAACUGUAAGAGGUACAGCAAUAUAUCGGACUCAACCAAGUCCAGCGAGAGUCUAGUGCUUUCAGUUAGCAACCUCAUGCAAUCACAAGAUUUAGAUCCACUGAGUAGAAAUUUACAUGGGAAUAGUACUGAAGAAAUCGCCUUGAAGCGACACUCGAAAGGUCAUAUGCCGCUUAUUGGUGAUAAUGUAAAGAAGAAAUCAGCUGAAGUUAACUAUCGAUCGGCAAUUCCCUGUCCUCCUGUAGAUAGUGAAGCAGACAAGACCGCAUCGGCCGAUCUGCACGUGAUAGCUCAUGUUUCCAAUUUAGUUAGCGUUCAAAUUGAUCACUAUCAAUAUUUGUUCCUGUUACGUUUGGCCGAAGAAUUGACCGAGUUGGCAACGUUCUUAUCACUGGACUCGAAACGGAUUCUUCAAGCGGCAAACGUGGAAAAGUCCAUCAUCGUUGGCUGUGUUAUACCGCAGGUAGAAAUAUCACUUGUGAUGCCUUCGCAAACACCUGGCAAGGAAUCGAGCGGUGGUGACGGCGAGAGUGUUCUGCCAGACUCUGCAAGUUUAGGUUCGGGCUGGCCCAACUCGAUGGAUCAAACCAGGAAUUCGAAUAUUUUUAGCAGUACUGAAUGUCCUUCGCCUGUUGCUGUGGAAGUUCCGGUUGAAAUCGAACACCAUCCUGUGCCCAAUACUCAUGGUCACAAUGUUCAAAUUCGAAGUGCUCCCACAACAUCCUCUUCAUCUGGAGUGGCGUCCGUUGAAAACCGUUCCUCAUCACCGGUAGCGGAACUACAGAUGGCCGCCCCGGAAGUGAUCAAAACUCGCAACUACUCGACUACAGAUUCGUCUUCAUUUUCGAAAGAAAUUCAUUCUGGGUACGCCUCGAUGAAGAAAGGCUUUUCCCAGUUUAUGACAUCCAUAGAUUCUAAGUUAAAAACGAACACGCCCGAAGAUGUUAGCGAUACGCUGUCAGUUCAGUCGGAUAUAAGUUCCGAUCUCGAGAACUAUUUACCUAUGCUUGGAGAUUCGGAGAAAACAGCAGACUGCAUGGAUGUGAUGUUUAAGCUUAAUCCCUUUAACAGCGACAGCACCAUUAAGGUUGCCCCUAUUGAAGUUGCUAGCGAGGUAUGCGAGGAUCCCUAUUUAACGAAUAUGUCCUCACCGUCUGAACCGUCCGAAGCUAGUAGUUUGCGAAGGCGAGAUUUGGUUUCCAUGGUUACGUUUAGGUUAACAACAGUAGAAGUGAUUCGUCAAAACAUUGGCAACAUAUCGGCAAUCAGACUGCAGGUUUCGGCCGUUAGCUGUGACGAAUGCGGAGCAAUACCGUGGGAUGAGUUUCAGAAUGGCCAGCAAAAAACAAAGACGAAGUUCGGAGCUAGAUGUAGAGCAUGGAACAUUGCACCACACAAUCCGGAAGCACCCCCUUGUAUUGCAGUUAGGUUAGAGGAAGAGCUGACACUACCGGCCGAUUCACUAAAUAUUACCGAUAAGAAGUCUAUACAGAGCUGGUUUCAACGCAAAUUAAAUGUCGAAGUGAAAAACCUCAAUCUUCAACUCUCAAUGAGCACCGUUAUUGGCCUUGGCGAUUUGGCCGAGGAUGAAGUCAUCCCGACGCCCAUUCCGAUGGAAGUAAUAUUGCAAAAUGUGAAGGUCAAUCUAAUCGAGGAUCGUCCUCCCGUAAACAUAACCUCACCGGGAACACUGCCGGUCAAUCUAUCGAUCGGGCGCAUGUAUAUUACGCGAGAUGCUGCUGGAGUCUUUUACCUACAGCCCCUGGAAAGUCAAGAUGAAGGAGCAGGCGAUUCACAGAAACCGGCACCGAAAAAGGAUCGCGAUCGAGAGGUACUGUCUUUGCAAUUGGUGAUGCACCAGCUCAAGAAGGACAACGAUAAUCUACGCAAGCAGUUGACAAGCAGCGAGAAAGAGGCUGAGAUGAAUAAAUUGAAAGCCCGUCAGGAAUUUGAAACUCUUCAAUCGUACUUGAAUGACGCACAGGACGAUGUGAGAACGUUGAUGGAUGAGAAGCGCACCUUAAUGGACACAAUACGCUCGCUUCAGGAUCAGCUGACGACAUUGAGUGAUGUACACAUGAACGCUACAGACGGCAAAAGAUAGCACAACUGUAUGGACUGCAUACAGUGCUGUGGCGAGAACCCUUUCUAAUGGUAAAGUCAAUUGAAAGGGUGGUCAUAGAGAAUUCAUGUUAUCGGUGUCGGGUUAUCGGAAAAGCUAUUCAAUCUAAAAGAUUUUUGUUCCUGUGCAUGCUUUUAGUGAAAAAAGUUCUUGUUUGAUUUCGGGUUCGAAUUUUUCUAUUUUCAAAAAUGACUGAAGUUUCCUCAGAGUCAAAAUAUCCUCUACAAAAUGUAAACACACUUGUAACCGUUUGAAAUUGCAGUUAAUCAGAAGUACCGACAAACAUAAAGUGAACAGAUCACCCACCGUUAGCCUGUAUGAGUAAGCAGUCAGUUAGCAAAUACAACAACAGCGAGCAAAGUGUUAAUAUUCAAUGAGAAUCACUCCGCUCGUGAUUGUGGUCUCAAUAAAACCAUCUGAGAAAUCCACCAAAUUUACACUUUUUAUUCGUUAUGUGUAUUUGAACGUGUUUGAUUUUAAACAACUACGCCACCCGGUUUCUUCUGGCGUCGCUGGAUAAAGAAUAUGGAUGUUACCACUGUAAAUAUUCACAGUUUCGUUUCUGUAUACGUUUUGUGAGCAGCAAAAUAAAGCAUAUUAAUAUUACUUUAUGGCCACAAAUUUUCAAAGUACUUUUUAAAGGUUUACACUAAGUAAAAUCUGUACUUUUUCAAAUAUUUUUUUUCUUGACAUUCCUUCCUCGUAAAUUUUCUAAAAACGCACUGAGCCGUUAGACUACGAUAGACGAUAACAGCAUCAUCAUCUUUACUAUGGUGAAUCAAUUCCUUUUUAUACAUUGCAGUAGUCGAUAGUCAUUUCUUGUGAUAUUAAAUUUAAUUAUUUUCGCUGAAUGAACUUACGGAUGUAUCGUUACCAAUAGGUAAAAAAUAUUGUCCAAAUUGGAGCUGCAGCUAGCAGUGGUUGAAAAAAUACGAUAGGUUGUUAUGAAUGACAGCGAGGUUUGUUUCACUUAUAAGACUUUCGAAUUGUUUUAAAGCUAGCUUUGCUUUAGUUUAAAAUUUCUGUGUCUACUUGGUGCUUAUUGAACUAAAAACAAAGAUAGACUCAAUAAAUGUGAAUUGGUACAGAAUGUAUUCUUGCAGAUCGUUAUAAAAGUAGCACUGACUUCCUGACGAUCAGGUAAAAUAUGAAACUUUGUAGUUAGCUUUGUAUUAAUUGUAUUUUAAAAUAUAUGAAAAACGCCGUACGUCUGGUGAUUAAGUUUACCUAUUCAAAAAAAAUAUAAAAGGGGUUACGUUAAUUAGGAUUUAUGUCGAGCUAAUAAUGGAAUACAUAAUAAAGUCAAUAAAAAGGUCUACGUUUAACGGAUGUUGAAAAAGAUUUAUCAGAUUCAUAUAUUUACCAUUACUAUCAUUGAAACGAUGUCAAAUAAAAACGUUUGUCCUUGA